UUCACUCGGGGAAGGGGGUGAUAUGAAGCAAGCAGUGUGACAAACGCGCCAGCUAACGACGACAUCCAGGAGCGGGACAGCUGAGAACGUCAUCCCACUCCCAGUGACUCCAUCGCCCGUGUCCUGUGGCAGUUUCAGGCUGCGCCGUUUGAAUAGAACCGUCUUUUCUGGUGCACCUGCCCAUCGAGGGAAAUUGAAACAGUUUGUUGGGGAUUUCAAAUCAUUUGGUGGAGAAAGCUGAUCACGGCGGACAAUUGCAUUAAUCUGUUUGAAGUGCGUAACGUUGUGCUGAAACAUAAAAAUACAAGCUCUCGGAAAGAGUGAUGUGAAGAAGCCUGCCCGGACUUGUCUGCCGGUCCACACGUCUCGAGCAGUGAGGGAAGCUGCGUGACUCGUAGAGGAUGAGCAGGCUGAAGACGCAGUCCUGAAGAUUGAUGGAGGGCCAUGCUCCUUAAACAGCAGGUGUGGCUGAGACACAAGCUCUUCGUGCUGGGCAGCCUCGCGAUCGGGAGUCUCCUCUAUCUGGUGGCCAGGGUCGGGACCUUGGAUAGGCUACAGCCAAUUUGCCCCAUCGAGAGCAGACUCGCCCCGCCUGGCCUUGCCGACCAGAUCUCCCUGAGGACGCUGCAGUACAAGCGCAGCCUUCUGCACGAGCUCCGCAAGGGCAAUGCCACCCAGGAGCAGAUCCGGCUGCACAACCUGGUGCAGCAGCUGCCGCGCGCCAUCAUCAUCGGGGUGCGCAAGGGGGGCACGCGCGCCCUCCUGGAGAUGCUCAACCUGCACCCGGCGGUGGUCAAGGCGUCCCAGGAGAUCCACUUCUUCGACAACGACCAGAACUACGCGCGCGGCAUGGACUGGUACCGCGGCAAGAUGCCCUUCUCCUUCCCGCACCAGAUCACCAUCGAGAAGAGCCCGGCGUACUUCAUCACUGAGGAGGUGCCGGAGCGCAUCUUCAAGAUGAACUCCUCCAUCAAGCUGCUGAUCAUCGUGCGGGAGCCCACCACGCGCGCCGUCUCCGACUACACGCAGGUGCUGGAGGGCAAGGAGCGCAAGAACAAGACCUACCACAAGUUUGAGAAGCUGGCCAUCGACACCAACACCUGCGAGGUCAACACCAAGUACAAGGCCGUGCGCACCAGCAUCUACACCAAGCACCUGGAGCGCUGGCUCAAGUACUUCCCCGUGGAGCAGUUCCACAUCGUGGACGGGGACCGGCUGAUCACGGACCCGCUCCCCGAGCUGCAGCUGGUGGAGCGGUUCCUCAAUCUGCCCUCGCGCAUCAGCCAGUACAACCUGUACUUCAACGCCACGCGCGGGUUCUACUGUCUGCGCUUCAACAUUGUCUUCAGCAAGUGCCUGGCCGGCAGCAAGGGCCGCACUCACCCCGAGGUGGACCCCACAGUGGUGGAGAAACUGAGGAAGUUCUUCCACCCGUUCAAUCAGAAGUUUUACCAGAUCACCGGCAGGACUUUCAGCUGGCCCUGAUCUGAGGAGGGUGGGAUGCGGGGGAACUACUUGCUCGGUAUAAAGUGGAGCCACUGCCACUCAGAAAUACUGAUAUUGAAUUGAAGCACUUUUCUUGAACUUAAGACUGAAGUUGAACAAUGUUAAUAAAAAUGUGACCAAAUAUGUAAUAGACUAUAUGUUUUUGUCUGUACAAUUAAGCCAGUGGGGCGGGUUAAAAAAAAGAUUUUUAAAAUGAAACGUGUGUGUUAAAUUGUUUGGUCUUUCCUGUUGAUGCAAACCCUACAGUUGCCCACUGUAAUCAUUCUAUUCACUGCUAACCUUUAGGGAUUCCAGCGUUAACUAAAUGCAUUGAGAUUAUUUGUGAAAUGGCCAUAUGCCAUCCAGUCGAUUGACUCCACUUCUAUGUUUAAAUGUAAGCACCACUCCACAUCUCAUAGAUACUGUACCUUUAUUGUAUCGAGGGUAAAUGGCGUAGGCCUAUGCUAGCCUUGUUAAUCAGCGUCUUGUACUUCACUUCAAUUUUUUACAGAUGAUCAGGCUGUGGGACUGUGAACAUGGAUUUCGCAGUCUAUAAUCUCCAGGAAGAAAUAGAAUAUUCAGCAGAGCCAGUUUGAUGUGAAGUGUAGUUCAAGAAUCUGUAUUCCCAGGGUAGCAAAAUGCAACUCAGAAUCUGUAACCGAUGCAAACCAGUUUGGUCUAUUUCUCUCUUCAGUCGUUUGUAACUAACAGGUCAAGGAACCGAGCAAGAUGUUUGAACUUCACUGUUUCUCAUGUAAAAUGAUUCAGGUGCUAUGUUGAUUCAGUUUGUUGAAAAAAAUGCAGUACAUAUGGUGUAGUGUUUAGUGUCUUAUGUUUUGAGCAUGUCCUCAACGUUUAACUAUGCACCUCUUGAUUUGAAACCAACAGCCAUCCAGUGAUUGUAACUCAUCAUGUAAUCCAAUGUGAGUUGAGAUGUAAGAUUUGCCGAAAGAGCAAGCCUUUUACACAGAUGUUAUAUUCCUGACAAGAAAAAAUAAUGUGAUUUAUCAGUGGACACAUUUAAUAUUUAUCAGUCAAACAGACGAGUACGAGUUAUUUUCGUCCAUUUGUUUUUAUAAGCUUACAGAAAAUGAAAGUGUUUAUUUUAUUUAAACAAAGACCUGAUGCUCAUUUUAGUAACAAGAUUAUUCACAUUCACAAGAAAAGACAUGUACCACUGUAUAAUAAAUGUUUCAUUAUGUGAC